GUACGCGCACGCGUGUGUGUUUGUGUGUGAUGCCUGUUUCAGUGAGCCGUUCGACCUCCUUACGUGUUACGUGAAUGUCCACGGCGUGCAAGCAGACGAUCAAGAGGAAGUUGCGUAUUCGGUACGUGAUGCCGGCGGCGCACCUGACGCUGCGCGAGGAGGAUGUGGUACGACUAACCUUGGAGUUCCUCCACAGCCGAGACCUUCACAUCUCUCAGCUCUCGUUGGAACGAGAAACCGGAGUGAUAAACGGCCAGUACAGCGACGAUGUCCUGUUCCUUCGCCAGCUGAUCCUCGACGGCCAAUGGGACGACGUGCUGGAGUUCAUCCAGCCGUUGGAGGCGCUCCCUGAUUUCGACAUGAGAAAGUUCACCUACUCGAUCCUCAGGCACAAGUACGUGGAGCUGCUCUGCAUCAAGUCCGAGGCGAACUUCAUCGCCGCCGGGACGAACGGCAGCGUGGACAACGCGGUCGAGGAGGUGGUCAAGGUUUUGAGCGAUCUCGAGAAGGUCGCUCCGUCCAAGGAGGAGUACAGCAGCCUGUGCCUGCUGUUGACCCUUCCGCGGCUCACCGACCACCUCCAGUACAAGGAUUGGAAUCCAAGCAACGCCAGAGUUCAAUGCUUUCGAGAGGUGCAUCCGUUGGUGGAGAAGUUUCUCCCCGGGGACAGGAAGAGCACCGACCCAGCUCAUCCGGUCACCUCCGCGAAAAACGAUCGGCUCAUACAGCUGAUAAUCAAGGGGAUUUUGUACGAGUCGUGCGUCAAUUACUGCCAGGCCAAAGCUACCGGCUCCAAGGAGAGCGAGCAGGUGGAAAUGAAUUUCUCCAGACUGUUGGACGGCUCGGUCGGUUUCAGCGAUUCCGACUUGAGUCUGCUCUCUUGGCUGCAAAGUAUACCACCGGAGACGUUCGCGGUACCUUUCGCGCAGCGCACGUUGAACGUGGACGUGGAACGAUUGGAAAGACCGUCAUUGGAGACCUCCUGGACCGAGCACAUGUUGAUCACCCCCAUAAAGCCCAAGACUUUCCCGCACAGCGCGAUGCCGUUCACAAGGCCACGAUCCGCCGCCGACAUGAUGUCCCGCAGUUUAGUGCCGGCUUUGGAAGCUGGACUCGGACCAAGGAGUCCCGGCCCUAAAAAUACAACGAUACCAUCCGCGGCGCUAAUGGCUCUGUCCACCGGUGAUAUAAACCCGAUGUCGAGGUCGUCCUUCGCCAGCUUCCAUUUGACUGGUUUCAAGAAUAACAAAUUGAUGAACACGAGCGUGGACAGACUGUUCGAGAACGAGGGCGACGUCUUCCUCAGCUCGAGCUACGCGGAAUUCCAACAACUGCCUUCGAUACAGGAGACCACGACCAACAAUCAGCCGAAAGCUCCGCCAAGAACGAGGGGACAGUCCAAGAGUCCCGAGGCUAUCAAAGCCGAUCCCUCUGCGGCCUCCACGCCGGAGCGUAGAGUUGCCGGCAGAGAAUCACCGGCUCCGUCGACCGCCAGAAGUUCGAGAAGAGAUUCUUUGGCGGAGAAGCCAACCGGCGUCGCGGCGAAGAUCACGGAGCCAACCGCGAUUCCUGUCCGAGCCUCACUGGGCGGAGAUCAUCUGGAGCAGAGUUACAACGGUGAUCUGUUCAAAGAGUAUCAAAAGCAAAAGCAAAGGCUGCAGGAAAAGGUUCAACAGAAGGAGAGGGAAUGGGAUGAUUUGCUCAGGCAAUUGUCAGCUCCGUUACCUUCUCAAGUGGUCGAUAACAGACUUCAGGGAGAUGGUAUGAAACAGCCUUUGGGAAGUAAAGGACCUUCACCUGUGCACACGAGCACGCCUGCUCGAUCCGGUAUCCAGUCACCGAAGCCUACGAUCAAUGGAUCCGAGCCUGUGGUGAGACAGAACUCGGCGCUAGGUAACACUUACGAUCCCAGAGUGCAAGAGAGUCAUUACGACGUCGUCAAGCCGAUAAAGCAAGAACCGAGGCCGGAACUCGAUGCCAGCAACGGAAGCAGCAACGGUGGAAGGCCAAGAUUCGUCCCUGUGACGGCGCUCGAGGAUGUCCAAGCUGUACGAUGCGCGGAAUUCCACCCCCAUGGAAAAUUGUACGCUGUGGGAUCGAACUCGAAGACGCUGAGAAUAUGCUCCUAUCCAAAGCUUCACGAUGUCAGGGAGGAUCACCAGACGUAUCAGCCCACAGUUCUCUUCAAGAGAACGAAGCACCACAAGGGCUCGAUAUAUUGCCUCGCGUGGACCCCGGAUGGCCAGUUGAUGGCGACUGGAAGCAACGACAAAACUGUCAAAUUGAUGCGCUUCAACGCCGACACGUCAAAUCUCGAAGGUCAAGAAGUGGAGCUUACGAUGCACGACGGCACGGUUCGCGAUCUGUGCUUCCUGGAGGAUACCUCGAACAAGUCGAGUUUGUUGAUCAGCGGCGGUGCCGGUGAUUGCAAGAUCUACGUCACCGAUUGCGCCACCGGAACCCCAUUCCAGGCGUUGAGCGGUCACAGCGGACACGUGCUCACCCUGUACAAUUGGGGAGGCGCUAUGUUCGUGAGCGGAUCGCAGGAUAAAACGGUCAGAUUUUGGGAUCUUAGAACGAGGGGGUGCGUGAACAUGGUGACGCCUGCGACGGUACCUGGCAGCAGGGUCGGAAGUCCGGUAGCGGCGCUCUGCGUCGAUCCAUCGGGACGUCUUCUGGUAUCCGGCCACGAGGACAGCAGCUGCGUCCUCUUCGACAUUCGAGGCGGUAGAACCGUGCAAUGCUUCAAGCCUCACGCCGCUGACAUACGAAGCAUACGUUUCUCCCCUUCAGCUUACUACUUGCUCACCGGCGGUUAUGAUAACAAGCUCGUUCUAACCGAUCUGCAAGGUGAUUUAACGAUGCCGUUACCAAGCGUGGUCGUCGCGCAACAUCAGGACAAAGUGAUAUCCGGACGAUGGCAUCCAACGGAAUUCUCGUUCCUCAGUACUUCCGCUGACAAGACGGCAACACUGUGGGCUCUGCCACCUGUUUAGACGGACAAACGUCGAUGACACGCGUUUGUUUCUUAUUCGUAAACACUUUUUUUUUGAGGAACAAUCGCACUUGUUACACACGUAUCGAUCACGAUCGUUCGUCCUUUUUUCUCCCUCGUAACAAUCGAUAAUGUAUCGUAAUAUAAUUUUGACAAAUGGAACGAAGCGAAUUUGUGAAUCUUUCUUUCUUUCUUUCUUUCUUUCUUUCUUUCUUUCUUUCUUUCUUUCUUUUUUUCCUGUCUUUUUAAUCCGAGAGAGAAACCCGGACGAGAAAGAAUCGUUAAACCGGAUACCGGGGGAACGAACGAUCGUGAAUCGUAUCGAGCGAGGCGUAUUAAAUCAGGAAGAAAAGUUUUUUUUUUUUUUCACGUGUUCACGCAUAAUUCAACCAUGACCAAUUAAAGUUUCCUGAAACACGUUGAAUCAAAAAUGCCGCGCGUGUGAGAAACAAUUAAAACCGCGCUAAGGAACAUUGUUAACGGUGUUAUUAAGUAAACGUUACACGCUUCGAGAGCCUCGGAUGAGAAGGAGUGAAAGUGCAUUUUCGCGUAGAGACGAUGUAGUAUCGAGCGUUCUAGGCGUUAUAACCAUUUAUCGACGACGAGUCAUCGUCUGAGUAGGAAUCAUAAGACUGCGGAAGAACCGACAAGGAAACUUCGUCAUUGCAAGUAUUCACGAGUCACGAUGGUGAGACGUAUAUGUAUUACAUCGUAUACGAGAACGAGAGACAUCCUAGUUUUUUUUAUUUCGAAAACUAUUUUCGAGAGCGUGAAAACUAUCGUGAGCGUAUUUCUUUAUCGAUUAUUAUACCGCGUAGCAUUUGUCUUCUAUCUGUUUUUUUUUUUUUUUUUUUUUUGUAUAGAAUUUCUUUUCGCGAUCACGUGUUUUGUCCCGGUGUACCUUCGGUAAGUAUGAAAAGUAUUCGCGCAUCGAUUAAUUACAAUUAAAACGGUUUAUACAGUUAUAUUUCUUUUGAAGUGUUUAAAAAGAAAUAUGUAAAAAUAUUUCUUCCAAAUCGAUAUUUGUUUUUUUGUUUUUUUUUUUUUUUUCGUUACA